AUGACCUCCCUUCCUCCUUGAAUGAAAUUACAAAUUGAUAUUAGCCCACAGGUUGGACCCGGAGUGGUGGGUCGCCCUGUGUGGCAGAGAAAGAGGCAGAAAGCUGCGCAACUAGUGACCAGAGCUGCGGGCUUCCCAGCCCCUCCCAGCACAGUACGCGAGGCGGAGUCCCUGAUGGACCUGUCAGCUGCGCUCAGACAGGACCCAGAGAAGCCUAGCUACCAUGUAAUGCCUUCGUCAGGCUGGAUAAACGACCCCAAUGGCCCGUUCUACCACAACGGCAGAUAUCACUUGUUCUACCAGCACAUCAUCAAUGGGUGCGAGUGGGACUUUGGCAUCGUGUGGGGUCACGCGGUGACAACAGACCUAGUGCACUGGGAGCACCUGCCGCCCGCGCUAAUGCCCACGCCGGGGGGCCUGGACGCGGACGGCUGCUUCUCAGGCUGCUGCAUCAUCGACACGGAUGGCACGCCCACCAUCCUGUACACAGGGGUGCGCCUGCGCAGCAACCCCGACUGCGGCCCGCUGCCGCCGCCGGAGCACGACCUCAACCUUCCCUUCGUGGAGUCCCAAUGCUUCGCUGUGCCUGAGACAGGGUACGACGGGGAGCCGGACCCGCUACUGGCGAACUGGGUGAAGUCAGAGGAGCCGUUUCUAGCGUACCCUCCGCCCGACAGCAACCUGGUGGGCUGGCGGGACCCCUUCAUCUUCGAGUUCAAGGGCAAGGACGGGCGCUUCAAGGAGUGGGGCAUGCUGAUGGGCAGCGGCAUCAAGGGCAAGGGCGGCAGCGUGAUGAUCUACCGCUCGGACAACCUGCGAUCAGGCUGGCGCUAUGACGGCAUGCUGUGUGAGGCCGACUCGGUGGACACCGGCGCGAUGUGGGAGUGCCCGCUGCUGCUGGCGCUCACAGUCGUGCCCGAGGAGCACCGGCGACGCAGCGCGCUCGGCAGCCUGCACUCGCUGUCAAACUCCUACAACAACAUCAGCGCGUUCCACCCCUCGUCCAAUGGCAGCCACCCGGCCUCGCCCACCGCCGACCGCAAGUCGGCGGCCGCGGCGGGGCCGCAGGUGCAGGCCGGGUUCUCCCCGCGUAAGGACUUGGCGGCGGCCGGCCUGCGCGCCGGCUGGGAAGAGGAUGGGAAGGAGCCGCCGCCCGGGGGCGGCGCGGAUGGUGAGGGGGCCGGCAAGAGCCUGCUCAGCGAGCAGCUGCUCAACCCCUACGCGGACGAGGCCGGCAAGGAGGACGGCAACUUCUCACUGUUCGUGCUCCUCUCGCCAAUACACUCUUCCUGUAUUGCUGCCUCAUGUACCUGGUUGUAA